AUGGCAUACGCUUCAAUGUAUGAAAAACUGAAUGAGAACAUUCGGCAAAUCCCAUUAAAACUAAAUUUGCACAUGAGGGAAAUUUUGGACUGUAAUUAUGCUGUAAAUGGUUGGCAGAAAUUUGUAGAUUUGUUGGCUGGAACUAAAUUUAUGCUAAGUAAAAAUGACAUUGAAACUUGUUCAGAAUUGUACACUGGACAUAGGAGCCCAACAAAUGCAAUGAUCACCAAACUAGGCAGCAAAAAUUUCCUUGUUGUGGACUUGUUAAGAAUUCUUAAUCAGUUGGAGCAGGAAUCACUUGUAGAAGAUGUGCGCAAUUAUGUUGGAUUACCUCCAGAACCAGUGACAAUUACGCAAGAACCUGCUAGUAGUGUUCGACUGGAAGCAGGAGAAGAUCUUGUACUGGUAGUGGAAGCUCAAGGGUUUCCAUAUCCUCGCUAUCAGUGGUUUUUGGGAGAUAAUGAAAUUCAUGGGGAAACAACAUUUCAACUAAUUAAGAAAAAUGUCCAGGUUGAAGACAGUGGAAGCUACUGUUGUCGGCUACAUAAUUCUCCCGAUCGUAAUGAAGUUAAAUUUACCAGACCGACUGUUGUUAAUGUCAGACCAUCUCCUGUGCCUGUGAUCCUACAACAUACACCACCUCAAACACUUUUCUCUCAGGACACAUUGAUUUUGUGGUGUAAAGCUACUACUUUUGUUGAUUCCAAUUUAAUUUAUGAGUGGUACAAAGAAGAUACCUUCAUUGCCUUUGGGCCCUGUCAUAAGAAACAAAAACUAACAAAAAUUGACUCGGGAGAAUAUAAAUGUCUUGUUAGAAAUGAUUUUGGAGUGACAAUCACUGAGCCUAUUUUGGUCAAUGUUUUAAUUGAAACAUUAGAAAUUGUGGUACAACCAAAAUCUACAACAGUGGAUCUUGACAGUUUGGCUCUGUUCACCUGUAAAGCACGUGGACCUGAACCACUUAUCUAUCAGUGGUAUAAAGAUGAAAUUUGCAUUCAAGGUGCUACUUCAUCUGAAUUUGAUAUCAUUAUUAAAUCUCUAAGUGAUACUGGAAUUUACUUUUGUAAAGUAUCUUGCCCCAGUUUUCAGAUGGAAUGUCGAUCAGAUUUUGCUAUUCUGCGAAUUAAGGAUAACUCAAAACAAGUGCAAAAAAAAUAUGCUGCCACAGAUAAAGUGGCUCUUCUGAUUGGCAAUGAAGACUACCGCAGUGAAAAAAAACUUACUGCUCCUCAGAAUGAUGUGGAAAUACUGUCAGAAAUUUUUAUGCACUUGAACUUUAAAGUUGUCUCCCUUGUUAACCUUACUCUCAAUGAAAUGGAGUCGGCUAUCAUGAAGUUUAUUGAAAUGCUUGACAAGGGUGUCUAUGGUGUAUUCUAUUAUGCUGGCCAUGGAUUUGAAGUGAAUGGUGAUCCAUAUUCAUAUUUGACCCCAGUGGAUGCUCCUACUGGUUGUAAUAUCAAAUCAUGUUUGCAGGCAGAAAAGAUACAGGAACUGAUGGCUUCUAAAAAACCAGCCCUCUGCUGUUUAAUUCUUGACAUCUGCCGUACAAUACAACAAAGCAAUGUACACCAAUCCAGACCUAUAAGAACUCCAGAAAAUUCAGUAUAUUUUUAUGCUACGACUCGGGGAAAUUUUGCCUAUGAAUAUGCUCGGGAAAAAAUUGGACGGCUUGUUAAACAUCUGCAAAAGUUUUUGUUCUUAGAAGAAGGCAUAGAAACAGUGUUUGGAAAAGUUCGUGGAGAUAUUGGAAGUACUAAUUCUGACUACUUUAAACAAGUUGCAGAAAUGAAGACUAAUUUGAUAGAAGUUGAACGUUCAUUAACAGAUCCUAUUAAUUGUACAAAUCACACUGUGGAAUUCACAAGAAGAGAAAUUGCUUGGAGAGAAGCGCACACAUUGCCUAAAUCUGAGACUUUUAUCAUUUCUUCAAUCAAUGUAGAAUUGAAAGUUGACUUCCAACACAAGUUUUCUAAUGUCUUGGUUAUUUAUGUCACAAUCAUAAAUCCAGGAAACACAACCAAUUGCUAUGCUUGGGCAGCAAAAUUUCCCUCAGUUCUAUCAGCUGAUAAACCUUGUAUUGUCCCAGAUAACAGUAAGAAAACCAAAGUUGUCAUACGAGACUUACAAAAGCUGAAAGAUCCAAUGGAAAUUGUUAUUAAAGUAGUGUAUGAGGAAUGCACAAAACAAAAGAACCUGGAACAUCGGAUCAAAUUGGGUUAUCCACUUGUGGCUAACCAACAACUAUGGAAGAAGUGUACAGUCUUCAGCCAAAAUGAACCUACUGAACAAGAAUGUAUUGAAAGCCUUGAUCAAAUUUCCUUAGAAUAA